AUGGAGUUAGCCAUUGUUGCAGUCCUGUUCAGUUCUCUUCUUUCCACAGCAUUAGCUUUUGAUCCAUGUGCUGAUUCUUCAGACCUUUCUGUAAUCCCCAUUUAUGGUAAAUGCUCACCCUUUAACCCUCCAAAACCUGCCUCUUCAUUGAUAAACACAGUCAUGAAAUUGGCCUCUAAAGACCCUGAAAGAGUUUCCUAUUUAUCCAGCCUUGUGGCGGCGCCGCCCCAGGCUGCCCGAAAAGGUGGUGUUGUUCCAAUUGCCCCUGGUCAGCAGGUGCUGAACAUCGGAAACUAUGUUCUCCGGGCCAAAAUUGGGAAUCCGGGUCAGCUCUUGUUCAUGGUGUUGGAUACAAGCAGCGAUGCUGCAUGGGUUCCAUGCAGUGGCUGCACCGGUUGCGCUGCCUCCUCGGCCGUGUUCACACCAAACGCCUCCUCCACUUACUCGUCUUUAGAUUGCUCAGUCCCAGAAUGCACCCAAGUACGCGGUGUCUCCUGCACGGCCACUGACGCUGCCACUUCAUGCUCGUUCAACCAGUCCUACGGCGGCGGCUCCUCUUUCUCCGCCACCCUGUCGCAUGACACACUCUGGCUAGCCAAUGAUGCCAUUCAGAAUUACGCUUUUGGAUGCAUCAAUUCGGUUUCCGGAGGGUCAAUACCGCCCCAGGGGUUAUUGGGCAUGGGUCGGGGCUCCAUGUCAUUACUCUCACAAUCCGGGUCCCUCUAUUCUGGUGUAUUCUCCUACUGUUUACCAAGCUUCAAGUCCUAUUACUUCUCAGGUUCGCUCAAACUCGGACCCUUGGGUCAACCCAAGAACAUCAGAACCACCCCACUUCUCAAAAACCCGCAUCGCCCAUCCCUAUACUACGUGAACCUCACUGGAGUCAGUAUCGGCAAGGUCCAGGUCCCCAUAGCCCCAGAGAUCCUAGCAUUUGACCCGAACACAGGAGCAGGUACCAUCAUAGAUUCGGGCACGGUUAUAACCCGUUUUGUUCAACCCAUAUACAGUGCAAUUCGGGUUGAGUUUAGAAAACAGGUGAAAGGUCCAUUUAGCUCAUUGGGGGCAUUUGAUACCUGCUUUUCAGCCACAAAUGAAGAUAUAGCUCCACCUGUAGUUCUCCAUUUUACAGGAAUGGAUUUGGUGCUGCCAAUGGAGAACAGUUUGAUACACAGUAGUUCAGGUUCUUUGGCUUGCUUGGCUAUGGCAGCUGCACCGAAUAAUGUGAACUCGGUGUUGAAUGUUAUAGCCAAUUUGCAGCAGCAAAACCUGAGGAUCUUGUUCGACACUGCAAAUUCUCGCUUGGGUAUUGCUCGUGAGCUUUGUAAUUAG